AUCAGCCAACCACGUGUCGGAUAAACAGAAUGCAUGCUCGUGUGUCUCAUGGCUGCAAUUUUGAAGUUUGGGUUAGCGGUAGCGAGCGGCCGGCAAAUUGCUUCGAGAGGCUUAAGAAGUACGUGUCAAUUCACCGGGAUGUCCCAGUUAGACAAUGUGCCCGAUGUGGAUAUCGACGGUCACGGGAGAUUCAAGUAUAUCUUGAUCGAUGUGCAGGACGACGUCGGUAAAACGAGCAAGAAGAUCGUCAGGGGAUACGCGAGAGCGCAGUGGCACUCUGAUAUAUUCGACCAGGUAAACGAACAAAUCAAGAAAUACGCUGGUCUGCAGGCGAAUUGCGUAGGCGGUGGAAGAAUUGAGCAUGACCCCGACGAGAAGACCAUCAAAGUUUAUGGAUAUUCGACUGGUUUUGGCAAAGCUGAUCAUCAAGUAUCGGUCGAGUUAUUGAAGAAAAAAUAUCCCGCCUACAACAUCACGUGGUCAGACGAUGGCUACUAAUCAGGCAGUACAUGAUGCGCUAUCUUGACUUUUAUCUUAACAAAAUAUAUAUGUAUAGGAUUGAAUCUUGCUUUGUACGUUUAUUAUAUUAUUAUUUACAGUUACUAAUAAAAUGUAUGUGCGUAUCGGAAUGAAAUUAGAUGUAUUCUAAUUGUUAACUGUUCUAAUUAUCUAAAUGCUUCAUGAAACACUACAUUAUAUGAAAAUGUAAGCAAUUUUGAAAUUAAAAAAAUUUAUUUAUAUCCUUUAAAA